AUGGUCAAAACAAUAAAUGGUACAGUACAAGAUCUCUCAGAAGAACCGGUCAUCUCAGAUGUUGGAACCAUGAUUGCUGGUAUAGAUAAGACAGUGACCUGCGCUCCUUUACGAAACUGCUCCACAGUUAUCCAAUGGAAGAAGAGUGAUGUGUCCGGCAUCUGGAAGAAUUCGCCUACUAUAACAUUUACCCCAUCUCUAGAAGAUCACCAGAAAACCAUCACAUGUGAGAUGACAAACUCCAUAGGGAGGACAACUCGAAAAACCAUUCUUCUUGAUGUCUGCUCUCUCUCAGGAGAACCGGUCAUCUCAGAUGUUGGGGCACUGACUGCUGGUAUAGAUAAGACAGUGACCUGCGCUCCUUCUGGGAACUGUCCUGCAACAUCCUUCAUUUUCCAAUGGAAGAAGAGUGAUGUGUCCGGCGUCUGGAAGAAUUCAUCUACUGUAACAUUUACCCCAUCUCCAGAUGAUCACCAGAAAACCAUCACAUGUGAGAUGAUAAUCUCCGAGGGGAAGACAACUCAAAAAAACAUUCUUCUAGAUGUCUAUUUGCCUUUGCUUGAAGACCCUAAAUUCAUUACUGGAUUGAGUACUGGAGGCGUCAUCAUUUUUUCUGCAAUUCUCUUGGGAAUUGUCUUUCUUAUGAGAAGGUACAAGAAGGAUAAACCCAGUGAACCAAGUGCCUUAACAAGAGAUUCACCAGCUAGGAUGAAAGUAGACAGAAAAGUUCAUGGUGGGGAAAGUUGUGCUUAA